UCAGCUGCAACGCUGGGAUCAGCGCGUGCGAGAAUGGCGGGCAGUGGCAGCGGGCUCUUUCGCUGCUCAGCGAGAUGCGGGAGCUGAAGUUGGAUCCGGAUUGCAAGAGCUACACCAUCGGGAUCAGCGUGCACCGGAAAGGCAAACGGUGGCAGCAGGCUUUGGCACUGCUCAGCGAGAUGUGGGAGGUGAAGCUGCAGCCCGAU